AUGCCAAUGGAAAAUGCGGACUGGGACCUGUUCGUAGAUGGUAGCAGCUUUAUGCGGAACGGAAGACGGAAAGCAGGUUACGCAGUGGUAACUGUUAAGGAAGUAACUGAGGCAAAAGCUCUGCCAUCCAACACUCCGGCCCAGAAAGCAGAGCUCAUAGCCAUGCUGAGAGCACUAGAACUUUCAAAAAGGGUGACCCGGUUCUGCCCGCAGUGCGGGCGCGGCGUGGAGCCCGCCUUCCGCUUCUGCCCGGCCUGCGGCGGGAGGCUGCCCGCGCCGCUGCAGGAGGAGGAGACGGAGCAGACAGCGCCGGCCCCGCCGCGGCAGCAGGCCCGGAGCCCCGCGGCCUCCCCAGCCCGGCCCUCGGUCCCAGCGAGGCCCAGCUCCCGCUCGCCCCGCAAGGCGCGGCCCGGCCCGGCGGUGCCGCUCCCGGCGGAGGCGGUGCUGACGGACCAGGGCGGCAGGCAGUGGAGACUGGUCCGGCUCCUGGAGCAGAGCGGCUGCGGGCUGAUGUACGAAGCACAGUCAGCAUCUGGAACCUGUCCUCAAAAGCAAAGAUACUCCCUCAAACUUGAUGUGAAAGAUGGCAAGAUCUACAAUGAACAGAACUUCUUCCAGCGAGCUGCAAAGGCAGGCACAGUGGAGAAGUGGAAGAAGUGGCACUCUGUGCCGUUGCUGGGAAUCCCCAAUUGCAUUGGCUUUGGACUGCAUGCAGAUAGCUACAGGUUUUUGGUGUUCUCUGACUUAGGGCGAACUCUUCAGUCUGUCCUGAACGAUGGCUUACACGUACUGAGGGAGAAGGCAGCUUUUCAGAUUGCAGUCCGGCUGCUAGACUGUCUGGAGUACAUUCAUGAAAACGAGUAUGUGCAUGGGGACAUCACAGCUGACAACAUCUAUUUGAACCCAGCAGACCUCACACAGGUGACCCUAGCAGGCUAUUGCUUUGCGUUCCGUUACUGCCCAGGAGGGAAGCACGUGGCUCAGCGUGAAGGCAGCAGGACCCCUCAUGAAGGCACGAUAGAGUUUAUCAGCCUGGACAGCCACAAGGGAGCAGGACCAUCUCGCCGGAGUGACUUGGAAUCUCUGGGCUACUGUCUUCUGAAAUGGCUCGGUGGCUUCUUGCCCUGGUCUGAUGAGCUGGACAAAGUAGAAACUGUGGUGGAAAAGAAAGAAAAGUACAAAGGGGAUGUGAUAUGCCUUCUCCGACUGUGCUUCAGGCAGAGAUCCAUUCCAGAUGCCCUACAAAGCUACCUGCAGCAAGUAAUGGCACUAGAGUACGAGGAGAAGCCUGACUAUGAGGCCCUGCGGCAGCUCUUCAAGAAGCCACUGGAAAAGAUGAAAGCUUCAGCUUAUGACUCUGUGGAUGUCAGAAUGGUGCCCUAAAUCAAGAAAACUUGCACAGGAAAAAGAGUUCAAAGCUUUCUGCAGUGUGCAGCUUUUCCCACAGAUAUUUAACUUUUACCAACUUGUUUUAGAACUGAGAGAUGUUUUUAUAAGUAAGUGUUUUCUUCUACUUUUAAUGUGACCUAAUGCUGAAUUUUGAGCCCCUGCUGUAACAAGUUAAUGUGAAGACACUCCUGCAUGGCACAAGUUACUGUAAGCAGUAGCUGGAGAACUGCAGUGUAGCCACCGGGAGAAGGGUGAAGCCUGGCACAGAAAAGUAUAUCAGGGAUUAUUUUUUUUUUUUAACUGCAGUGGCAGUAUAUAGUUUUGUAAUAAACUUUGUG